AUGGUCAGAAACUGGUAUCAGCCUGAUGGCUUCGACGCCAAAGACAAGCCAUACGUCUACAGUGGCCCACCAAAAGACAGAAAUGCCCUCACGUCUAUCAGCCUCCUAGCCAGUGACUCAGUGGCUCUGAAAAGAUACACGACGCCCACUGAGAUCCCUGUUCUCGAUGCUGUCUGCGCCGCAUUUCGGUUUCUGGCCUUCUCUGGCGACAACCGCCACCUCGUCACCGAGCCGUCUAGACGGUUCAUCUACUACAAUGCCAGAGCCGUCACGAAAAUGCCAGUGGGCAUCCGCGAGGCCUUGAGAGCUGUGAAUCUCUACGGGGCCUGUCUAGAAUCCAAGUUUCCUUGGGUAAUUGAGGAGGACUUUGAUUAUGGCUUUGAUGUGAGCUGGGCCAUAAACGAACGGCCCUCAGAUAUUACCUACGAUGAAGCUUCUCACGGCCCUCUUCUUGAGCCCUAUCGUCUCGACCAUUACCCAUCGGAAGAGGUGAACAUGCUGGAAGAUCAUGAGUUGGCAGUCCUGGGAGCCCUGACAUUAUCCAAGGUCAGGUUAUGUAUUGCAGAAGGGUAUCCAGUCAUCUUUGCCUUUCAUCUUUUCUGGGACUCGUUCAAGUUCGUCAAAGCCGCACAGUCUGGAGAUCAGGGAUACCCAACGAUAGAAAUGAUCCCAAGAGCGAGACGACUGGCUGGUCCGCAAAAAGAACACACGACACAGGCUGCACUCAUAGUAGCCUUUGAUCAUAUCAAGAGACGAGUGCUGGUCCAAAGCAUGAUGGAGUCGAUUUCAUUCUUUUGGAUGCCGUAUGAAUGGAUCAUCAAUUUCCGGGCUACGGAAAGCUUUUGGAUGCUCAGGAACUCGGGAAUACGGGGACAAGGCAGACCGGUGAUGGAGAAGGCCUCCAAUGAUACAUGGCGUAAGUGGGAAGAGAUAGGUUUAUGGACCUUGGAGCGCGUUCCAAAGUCCUCCGCUGUCAGCCAGGCUCCCAACAGUUCAAUUGCCCUCGUCUCUCGGAAAGAGGGACAUCUUGACAUGUUCUGGAUUUCGGAGCAAUGUACCGUUGAGCGAUCAUAUCGUUAUCCGUCUGAUGGGAAGUGGCAACAAGAGACGGUGCCUAUAAAGUCGGAAGAAACCCCGCUACCGGGUGCUAUAGUCGCUGUAUCGGCACACGAAGACAAGCUUGAUAUCUUUUGGAUGACCAAGAAUGGAGCAGUAUGCAACGGUUCCUGGCAACAGGUUGAGCCAAAAUGGUACACAAGACGGAUUCUGCAGGAGCAAGACGGUAUAGCUGAACCUCGAGCUGGGUUAGCCGCAACCAUUGGUCGGAGGAACACUCCAUUUGAAGAUAUUAUCAACGUUUAUUGCGUUGGGCCUGAUGGCUCUAUCAAGCACAUUAGCACAACAAGAAGCUGGACAGGGACAGAUACAGCCACGCUUCUUUCUGGCCCCGGAACUGCCUAUCGAUGCACGAGUCUCUCAGCCGUGGUUGAUGGCGAUCACCGUGGGGUUGACAGUUCCGCCCGCUUGAUAGAGGUAGUCGUUUGGAUCGCCGCUGAUGGAUCAAUAGAUGGCAAGAUGAUAGCGAGAUCCAAUCAAUGGGUAGAUAUAUGGGCUAAGAAAGGACCAGCAAAUGUGGCCCGCCUGAGUUCGCGUAUAUCGGCCGUCCAUUAUGGUUAUCAGAACGAUAGAUUCAUGUCUGUCCACUUUGCUGCUCCAGAUGGAAAAAUGAAAAAGGACUAUGCCAUCAUAUCUGCUGAUGGCGAUCCAACACACGGCAAACUCGGUCACCGCAACGAGAGUUUAAAUCUCACUAAACAGCCAUCAUCCCGACCAGAUUCCGACAUCAAGGCUCUCGGGUGGAAUGAUAUGGGAGAAUGGGAUGACGUAGUUUUGUGGCAGGACGAAGACAGCAAGAUGUUUCUGUGUUACUGGGGGUUGAUUCCUAGGCAAUUAUUCGAUAGCAAUGGGGUUCGACGAGGAAGUCCAUUUGGACUCUCUGUAUAUGGUGGAAAGCUAGUCAUGGCCAUGAAGCUUGAUGAUGGGUUGAUCGGGGUUGGUUACUGCGGCCGCUGGAAAUCUUUCGAUGGUGUAUGA